AGAGUGGGCAGGGGGAGCACCUCCGCGUAUUCGGUGAUUGAACUUGCCGGCUUUUCCCACGUGUGAUAGUUGAAGUUAGUUGGUAUUCUUUUUACCCAUCGAGAGCUUAAGGAGGUGCAGCAUGGCUUCAGAUACGGAAGACAGCAAGCUCGCGGCAGAUGGUGAUGUUGGAGAGGAAGAGGAUGCAGUUGGGGAGGAGCAGGCUGCUGACUCUGAAGCUCUACAGGAAGAGGAAGAGGACAAUUUUGAACCUGCUGGUAAGAAGCGCAAAAAAGGCAAGAAAAGGAAAGCUAGAGAUGACAAGAAAAGUAAGAAGAAGAAGAAGCGGAGGAAGGCUGACAGCGAUGAGAGCGAAGAGGACAAUGACUCGGAGGCUGCCGAGACAUCCAAGGCACGCAGGUCGCGGGGACCGUCGGCGGCCGCCAAGCCACUGAGGGAGCAGACCUCAGAGGCCAGCAACAUGCCCACCUCAGCAGAGGUGUGCGAGACGUUCGGCCUGACCAACGUGGAGCUCGAGUAUUCGGACGAGGACUACCAGACGCUCACCACGUACAAGGCCUACCAGCAGCACAUCAGGCCGCUCAUCACCAAGGAGAACCCCAGGGUGCCCAUGUCGAAGCAGAUGAUGCUGGUGGCGGCCAAGUGGCGGGAGUUCACCGCCUCGCAGCCGGCCGAGUCGGCAGCCGCCUCGCCGGCCGAGCCCGACUCGGAGCCCGAGGCCGACCAGGAGCAGGCGCAGGAGGAGGAGCCCGAGCAGGACCAGGACUACGACGUCGAGCAGGAGCCGGAGGUGGUCCGCUCGUCGGCGCGCAGCAGGGGCACCAAGAAGAAGCAGGAAGCCCCGGCGGAUGAAGACGAGUACGAGUUCGAGGAUGACGACGACUCGGCCAAGAAGAAGCGCUCCAGACGCUCGAAGGCUGGCGGCUCAGCCAAAAAGGGCCGCGUUCCCACGCUCAAGAUCAAGUUGGGCAAACGGAAGAAGGGCUCCUCGGACGAGGACUCCGAGGGCGGCAAGGACUCGGACGCCGAGUUCGAGCAGAUGCUGGCCGAGGCCGAGGAGGUCAGCAAGAACUCCAACGAUAACGACGUACCGCGCCGCAAGGCCAAGACCAAGAUCGGCAACAAGAAGAAGCGCAAGAGCAAGAAGCCGGGUCGUGACGAGGAGGGCUACGAGACAGACCACCAGGACUUCUGCGAGGUGUGCCAGCAGGGCGGCGAGAUCAUCCUCUGCGACACGUGCCCCAAGGCGUACCACUUGGUGUGCCUGGAGCCCGAGCUGGAGGAGCCGCCCGAGGGCAAGUGGAUGUGCCCCACGUGCGAGCGCGACGGGCCCCCGGAGCGGCCCGACCGACAGUCGGACGACGAGCACCAGGAGUUCUGUCGCACGUGCAAGGACGGCGGGGAGCUGCUGUGCUGUGACAUGUGUCCGGCCGCCUACCACACACACUGUCUCAACCCGCCGCUCAAGGAGAUCCCGGACGGCGACUGGCGCUGCCCGCGCUGCUCGUGCGAGCCGCUGGCCGGCAAGGUGCAGAAGAUCCUCACAUGGCGCUGGGUGGAGCCACCCGAGGAGAAGCCGGCCGACCCGGCCGCCGCCGCCUCGCCCAGGAAGAAGCCGCCCCGGCAGCGCGAAUACUUCGUCAAGUACCACGAGCAGAGCUACUGGCACUGCGAGUGGGUCUCCGAGCUCCAGCUGGACAUUUACCACGCCAGCCUGCUGCGCUUCUACAUGCGCAAGUACGACAUGGAGGAGCCGCCGACGUUCGAGGACGCCGAGCACACGGAGCACUACCGGCAGAAGCACGUGCAGGACGACCCGCAGCACCUGGAGGAGCGCUUCUACAGGAACGGCGUGCGUCCCGAGUGGCUGGUGAUCCACCGCGUGCUCAACUACCGCACCAUCCGCCACGGCGCCGUCCAGUACCUGGUCAAGUGGAAGGACCUCGGGUACGAGUACGCCACCUGGGAGAACGAGGACGCCGACAUCACCGGACUACGCGACGAGAUCGACGCAUAUAACGACCUGCACGCCGUCAUGUCCGGCGAGCCCUCCUCCAAGAAGGGCAAGAAGAAGGGCAAGCGCAGCAAGCACCGGGACGCCGACGAGGACGAGGACGGACGCAAGAGGCGGUACACGCUGCCGCCGGAGCGGCCCAUGCGCGACACCAACCGGCGCUGGGACAAGCAGCCAGAGUACCUGGAGUGCACCAAGAUGACGCUGCACGACUACCAGAUGGAGGGCCUCAACUGGCUGCGCUUUUCCUGGGGCAACGGCACGGACACCAUCCUGGCCGACGAGAUGGGCCUGGGCAAGACUAUUCAGACGAUCGUCUUCCUGUACUCGCUCUACAAGGAGGGCCACUCCAAGGGCCCGUUCCUGAUCGCCGUGCCGCUCAGCACGCUGGUGAACUGGGAGCGGGAGUUCGAGACCUGGGCGCCGGAGUUUUACGUGGUGACCUACGUGGGCGACAAGGACGCGCGCGUCACCAUCCGCGAGCACGAGCUCAGCUUCGAGGAGGGCGCCACGCGCGGCGGGGGCAAGGCGUCGCGCGUGCGCACCAACAACAUCAAGUUCCACGUGCUGCUGACGUCGUACGAGCUGAUCUCGAUCGACAACGCGUGCCUGGGCAGCAUCGACUGGGAGGUGCUGGUCGUGGACGAGGCUCACCGGCUGAAGAACAACCAGUCCAAGUUCUUCAAGAUCCUGGCUGGCUACAAGCUAGCCUACAAGCUGCUACUGACGGGUACGCCUCUGCAGAACAACCUGGAGGAGCUGUUCCACCUGCUCAACUUCCUAUGUCCAGAGAAGUUCCAGGACCUGCUGGCCUUCCAGAACGAGUUCGCCGACAUCGCCAAGGAGGAGCAGAUCAAGAAGCUGCACGAGAUGCUGGGUCCGCACAUGCUGCGCCGCUUGAAGGCCGACGUGCUCAAGAACAUGCCGUCCAAGUCGGAGUUCAUCGUGCGUGUGGAGCUGUCGGCCAUGCAGAAGAAGUACUACAAGUACAUCCUGACCCGCAACUUCGAGGCUCUGAACUCGAAGUCGGGCGGUCAGCAGAUGUCGCUGCUGAACGUGAUGAUGGAGCUGAAGAAGUGCUGCAACCACCCGUACCUGUUCAGCGUAGCCUCCAACGAGGCGCCCAAGCUGGCCAACGGCAUGUACGAGACGGACGCCGUCACCAAGUCCAGCGGCAAGCUCGUCCUGCUCUCCAAGAUGCUGGAGAAGCUGAAAAACGAUGGCCACAGGGUGCUGAUCUUCUCGCAGAUGACCAAGAUGCUGGACAUCCUGGAGGACUUCUGCGAGGGCAUGGGCUACAAGUACGAGCGCAUCGACGGCGGCAUCACGGGCGCGCUGCGGCAGGACGCCAUCGACCGCUUCAACGCGCAGGGCGCGCAGGCCUUCGUCUUCCUGCUGUCGACCAGGGCGGGCGGUCUGGGCAUCAACCUGGCCACGGCCGACACCGUCAUCAUCUACGACAGCGACUGGAACCCGCACAACGACAUCCAGGCGUUCUCGCGCGCCCACAGGAUCGGCCAGACCAGCAAGGUGAUGAUCUACCGCUUCGUCACGCGCAACUCUGUGGAGGAGCGGGUCACCCAGGUGGCCAAGAAGAAGAUGAUGCUGACCCACCUGGUGGUGCGCCCCGGCAUGGGUGGCAAGGGCACCAACCUCAGCAAGAAGGACCUGGACGACAUCCUCAAGUUCGGCACUGAGGAGCUCUUCAAGGAGGACGAGAACAACCCCGACGGGCCUGAGAACGAGAUCCACUACGACGACGCGGCCGUGGGCGCCCUGCUUGACCGCUCCCAGGCCGGCAUCGAGGAGAAGGCCGAGUGGAGCAACGAGUACCUCUCCAGCUUCAAGGUGGCCACCUACGCCACCAAGGAGGGCGCCGAGGAGGAGGAGGACCUGGAGGUGAUCAAGCAGGAGGCGGACAACACCGACCCGCAGUACUGGGAGAAGCUGCUGCGCCACCACUACGAGCAGCAGCAGGAGGACCUGGCGCGCACGCUCGGGAAGGGCAAGCGCGUCCGCAAACAGGUCAACUACAACGACACGAACGACGGCAGGGAGGACGGCAACUGGCAGGGCGAGAACCCGUCCGACUACAACUCUGACUUCUCGGUGCCGACCGACGAUCAGGACAGCGACGCUGACCUGGACGACGACCGGCGCCGCCGCCGCGGCGACGCCCGGGACCGGCCGCUGCCGCCGCUGCUGGCCCGCGUCGGCGGCAACAUCGAGGUGUUGGGGUUCAACGCCCGGCAGCGCAAGGCGUUCCUGAACGCCAUCAUGCGCUGGGGUAUGCCGCCACAGGACGCCUUCAACUCGCAGUGGCUGGUGCGUGACCUGCGUGGCAAGUCAGAGCGCAACUUCCGCGCCUACGUGUCGCUCUUCAUGCGGCACCUGUGCGAGCCGGGCGCCGACAACGCCGACACGUUCGCCGACGGCGUGCCGCGCGAGGGCCUCAGCCGCCAGCACGUGCUCACGCGUGUCGGCAUAAUGUCACUCAUCCGCAAGAAGGUCCAGGAGUUUGAGGCGGUCAACGGCAGCUUCUCGGUGCCGGAGCUGAUGGAGCGGCGCCCGGCGGUGCCCGUCCUGCUGCCGCCCACCGGCGCCUCCUCGGCGGCCACCUCCGACCAGACGUCAGCGCAGACCUCGGCCUCGGCCACGCCGGCUACGUCCGCCGCCCCCAGCCCCGCCCCGCCCCCGCAGAAUGGUGAAAAGAAGGAAGAAGCCGAGGAGGAGAAGAAGGUAGACAAGGAGGUUAGCAAGGAGGCCAGCAAGGAAGCCGACAAGGAGCCGUCACCCGCCGGGGAGGAAGUCAAGAAAGAGAAGGUUGACGAGGCGCCAGAGAAGGCGGAGGAGGCGCCGAAGCCGACCAAGGAGGAGGCGGAGACCACGGAGAAGUCCGAGCCGAUGGAGACGGACGUGAAGAAGGAGGAGGCCGACACAGAGAGCAAGCCCAACGAGCAGGGAGACGGAGUGAAGGCCGAGCCCGCGGAACCGGCAGCCGCCAAGGACUCCGCCGAUGCUAAGGAGCCCGAGGAGAAGAAGCCCGAGGAUGCCGCCAAAAAGGACGACGAAAAGAAGGAAGAAAAGAAGGAGGUAGUGAAAGACGACAAGAAAGAGGAGAAGAAGUCACCGCCGCGACCCAAGCACAAGUUCAUGUUCAACAUCGCCGACGGCGGCUUCACCGAGCUGCACACGCUGUGGGUGAACGAGGAGAAGGCGGCGGUGCCGGGCCGCGAGUACGAGAUCUGGCACCGCCGGCACGACUACUGGCUGCUGGCCGGCAUCGUGGUGCACGGCUACGGCCGCUGGCAGGACAUCCAGAACGACGUGAGAUUCGCCAUCAUCAACGAGCCGUUCAAGAUGGACGUCGGCAAGGGCAACUUCCUCGAGAUCAAGAACAAGUUCCUGGCGCGGCGGUUCAAGCUGCUGGAGCAGGCCCUGGUGAUAGAGGAGCAGCUGCGACGGGCGGCCUACCUCAACCUCACACAGGAGUCGAACCACCCGGCCAUGGCGCUCAACGCCCGCUUCGCCGAAGUCGAGUGUCUGGCUGAGAGCCAUCAGCACCUCAGCAAGGAGAGCCUGGCCGGCAACAAGCCCGCCAACGCUGUCCUGCACAAGGUGCUGAACCAGCUGGAGGAGCUGCUGACGGACAUGCGGUCUGAUGUAACCCGGCUGCCGGCGUCGCUGGCGCGGAUCCCUCCCGUGGCGCAGCGACUGCAGAUGUCGGAGCGCUCCAUUCUGUCCCGGCUGGCAGCCGGCACCGCCGCCCACCCCGGCGCCGACGCGACCCCGCAGUUCCCGGCGGGUCUGCAGGCGCAGUACGCCGGCCUGAACCUGGCGGCGCUCCGGCCGCAGUACUCGGUGCCCGGCAUGUCGGCGCCCUCGCACCCGGCCUUCCCCGGCCAGACGACCGGCGCCGCCGCCGCCGCAGCCGCGGCUGCAGCCGCGGCCGCCACCGCGCCGGCCGCCGACAAAUGAGCGACCGGCACCGGCGCCCUGUCUGUCCGUGUGGGGACCUCGCGCUGGGGCUGGACUCGCUCUCGCGCGGCGCCGGGACGGUUCGAACACAUCACUUCACCGCUACUGUAGACGGAGCGCGAGUGUGGCGGCCGGCGGCGCGCCCGACAUAGUCGGUGUGCGCGCGUCGCCCGUGUCGCCGGUGUUGGAGCUCGAUGUCCGGGCGACCGGCCGGGCCGCACUGGUCUGGCUGGGCUCGCCCGUGUUCACAACUCUCUGUUAAUAAACAGGCACCAUUGUCGA